UUGUACCAGCAAUUCGCUAAACCAGGCUAGAAAGCAAGAAACACUCGAGUUCCCUUUUGACCACAGGAUGGGGGCUGCUUCUAGCAACCCGCGGACGGUUCUCGUUAAUAACGACUCACCCGCAGGAUUGAUUGAUAUAUCCGACGAUGUAGUGCAACGGUUGACCAGCGGCCAACCCCCGAAGGCUCAAGGUAGGCAAAGUCGUUCGGAGCAGCCGGCACAGCCGCAGCGGGGAAACACUCCCGAUGGCAGAGCACCCACAACUGGCGGGCCCAGCUCUUACCCAAAUCCACCGGUUUCACCGGCGGUGGUAUACCAGGGCGAGUUGCCGCUCACCUCGAUGCAGGUGCUCCAGGAAAAGGAACGAGAGCUCCGUGAGAACGAUGUAUACUGGACGCAACGGCUGAAGACGGUGGAGGCUAACCUGGCCGCGACUAAUCAAGUGAUGGAGAAGGAGUACAAUGAAGCGAUUGCUGACGUGAAGAAGCGCUUCGCUACCUCCGGCGUCCAACAGCAGUUGCCACCGUGCCAGGACCUAAAGGCAAAAGUGAUUGAGUGCUACCGAAAGAAUCCGAACGAGACCCUUCGCUGCGCCGCAGAAGUACAACAAUUCACAGACUGCGUUAAUCUGCAUCGCAUUCAGUUGCUCCAGCAGCGCAGUGCUGGCGAAAAACAGAAGUAGUUCACGGAACCAAGUGCAUAGCAAUAGAUCGCGGAGCAACAGGAUCAUUAUUUGUGCCGGUGCUACGAGAGAGAGAAAGGGAGAAAAGUGGAUCGAAAACACCGCUGUAGUGUCUGUAUCGAAGGAUGUAUCUUCGUCAAUGCUUAUUAAAUGCCAGACAGUAAAACAUUCGCAGAUAUGUGCCGAUUUUUUCCAUUUUCAGCUUUCUACUCGUUGAUUCAAUAAGAUCACGUUUGGAAGAACGGUGCAUUACCCUUGAUUGUGCAUUGAAUUUGCGCAGCAUCAGUAUAACAUGAAACCUUUUCCGUAUGAAUGCUGCUAUUGAUCUUUCACCAGCUUUCCCAACUCUCUCUCGGUGCGAAACAUGGAACAAACUAACAAAACGCUCCAUUGAUUCCGAAAUACUUAUUCGUUUGUAAAUAUAAAACCAAACUCAA